AAAAUGUGAAGUUGACUUUAUGGUUUCUUGAUUAUUUAUACCACCGUUCUUCUUUCCUAUCUCGUGCUUAAAACCUACGAUAUUCCUCUCCAUCUCUCUAUCAUCAGUUGAUUAAUAAACAAACCUCUACAUAUCAAUAGAAAUGGACGCUGGAGAAGAGAAUAAGGGCAGUAUAAGUAUGGUUGAGGCUAAGCUGCCUCGUGGGUUUAGAUUCCACCCGAGAGACGACGAGCUCGUCUGCGACUACUUAAUGAGAAGAAACGUUCGCAGCCUCUAUCAGCCAGUUGUGUUGAUCGAAGUCGAUCUCAACCAGUGCGAACCUUGGGACAUUCCCCAAACGGCGAGGGUUGGAGGUAAAGAAUGGUAUUUUUAUAGCCAAAAAGAUCGAAAAUACGCAACAGGACAAAGAACAAACCGGGCUACGGCCACCGGUUAUUGGAAAGCAACUGGUAAAGAUAGAGCAAUCCAAAGAAAUGGUAGUCUUGUGGGCAUGAGAAAGACACUUGUGUUUUACAGAGGUCGAGCCCCUAAAGGUCAUAAAACUGAUUGGGUCAUGCACGAGUUUCGUCUACAAGGGACUUCUAUCCACCACUCUCCCAAGGAAGAAUGGGUAUUGUGUAGAGUUUUCAACAAGAAAAACAACGAAGUCGACAAGGACAACAACAUGAGAAGUUGCUCUGAUGAACCAGCUUCCGCAGCAAUGGACUCGUACAUCAACUUCGAUCAUCAUCCUCACACCAUCAACCAGCAAGUGCCCUGCUUCUCCAAUUUGUCACAGAACCAAAUCGGUUUGGUCUACAAGAACCCCUACCCGUUGUCUAUUAGUCCUUCCACUGAUCAUAUGAUUCUCAAAACUUUACUAAGUCAGCUUACCAAGAAUACCAAAGAAUCACAGAUCUAUGGAGAAGGAAGCUCAGAGAGCCAGUUGACCGACGUUGGCAUACCAAGCCACCAUACUUGGAAAUAUUGAUCACUAUAUCAGAAAUCUCUAUUAUCAUUGUGUAUGAACCAUACAUAUUAUUUCACCAAUGCAAACAUUUAUUCACCCAUCCCGUGUAAACAUUGUUAUACCAUUAUGGAUUAGAUACUCACAUCAAACUUAAAAAAUACAUCAUUUAAA